AUGCCAAAAAACAAGGAAGUAGCAACUUCGGAGGAAAAUGAUCAACAAGAUGAAGUCAUGGCCGAUUCUAUAGAGGAGGAAACAUCCAACACUAGUCGUAAAUCGGAUCAAUCUAGAAAUUCUGAUGAAUUGAUGAAAAUUAGUAAAGGCUUGAUAGAUUUGUCUAACAAGACAAAUAAUUCAGCAAAUGAACAAUUACUAAAAUACAUACAAGAAAAUAAGUUGGUCGAUUCUCUAAAAGAAAUCAAGUCAAUCAUGACGCAAUAUUUACUCAAAUCAAAUUUUGAUCACUUAUAUCAAUUUAUGAAAGCCUAUUUUCAAAGUUGUAGACCAAAUGUCAUAUCAGAGAGUGUUUUCAAUACUGAUGUGAAUAGCACUAGUUCCGAUAAGAGUGAAUCUACUAAUCAAUUUAAACUCUCACGUGAGAGGGCCUUCAUGCUGAAAUUACUCACAUGUUGGAUGUUUGAAGGAAGAUUAGAAGGAAGAGUGGCUAAGAAUGGUUUAGGUAUCAUAUUCGAAGAAUUGGAUUAUUUACCAGAUGCAAUGCUUGUCUCAUUAAUUCAAGCAAUUUAUACAUUGUUCAAAGAUGGUGGACAAGCAUCAGAUGUAGUUUCACCCCUCUUUGGAAAUAAUUCAAAUUUUGAUAGCAUGGAAAAUAAUGCAGGACUAGUAUUGGAUAUUUGGACACAGUGUAUUUCUGCAGUAAUGGCCAAGGAUGAAAUUGAAAUCAAUUCCAAAACAAAAAAGAAGAAGAAAUCGGAAGAAUACAAGACUGGUAUUAUCAAGGACAUGUGUAAAUGUGAUUGGUCCCAAAAAGUAUUGGCAUUUGCCAAUGCUUUCAAGGAUAUGCCACUCAAUGACAAUGAAUUAGAACUAGUGGUAGACAAAUUUUUCAAAUACUUGAACAAGAUGAACUUGAACGAUUGUGCUCCACUCAUUUACCAACUAUUGAUUCUUUCUUCAAGAGGAAAGAGACAGAAAAUCUUACUAGGAAUUAUUGCAUAUUUUGAUAACUUGGAAAAAGAAAAGAGGCGAAACUCACUAACAUCUACUGAAGAUUCAGUUAACCAAUUAGAAGGAACAGUUUUACACUUUAUCGAUUAUGCGACCAAACAGAACCAAGAAUUAGCCACAGAAAUGUUAAAAAUAAUGAAGAAUGAAUCAAGUGGAGGACUAAAUACCUUUAAAGCUUCCUUCUUACUAAUCAUUUCAGGUUUGAUGAAUUUUGAGGAAAAGGCGUUCAAGGUUUUAAAAACUUUUGUAGAUGACGAUUACAAAAAUUCCACCAAAAUUCACCUCUAUCUCUCUGAGGAAGAAGACCAGUUAUUAUCCUUCAGAUACAAAUCUAGUAACGUAAUUUUAGAUACAGUGAAAAAAUGUGGAAGAGGAAGAGAUUUCAUGAUCAAGUCUGUUGUUGACUUUGCAUGCUAUCUUUUAGAUGCUAAAAAGGUUAAAGCCUCUAGUGAUGACAAUUUUGUUUUAACUAAGGUGGCAAUGCACUCACAUGACUUGGGAUUGGAAAUAUUAGGCAAAAUGUUCGAAUUGAGUCAAUUUGUUAGAUCCGAUAUUCUCUCCAGAAUUUUUAAUCGUGUGGUGACAAAUUAUGGAAACACUGAAAAAUAUAUUGACCUCUUGAGAAAUAUAUCAAAAAAUCAAACCAAUUGCCUUCUUGACCAUAUUUCCAAACUCAAAGAAACCAUUGAAUACCUAUCAACUAUGCCUACAGAUAUAUCAAAUGCACUUCUCACUGCCGUGCAACCACUUUAUAAGAAUAGCCAAGAAUUCCAAGAUCAAGUAGUAUUGGUUUUGCGUAAGUCAAUGUAUAGCAGAGAAUUGGAUUCAAGACUUGUUGCCUUGAACGGAUUUUUACAAAUUUUAUUAGCUUCUGGAGAAUUGGAAGAAUCAAAUGUUGGAUCAAGUAGUGCUAGCAGCUCUUCCAGUAGUAUUGCACAACACAGAGCAAGCACAAUAGAUUUGGAAAUUAUUGGAUUUUUAAGAAGAUGUCUCGGUCAGCAAAUGAUCGUUAGAAAGACGCUCUAUGGUGGAUUGUGUGACCUUGUCACAAAGAAGCCAGAAUUGAGAAAGGAAAUUACUCCAAUCAUGAUUGACCAUCUUAAAAAGUACAUGUCCAUGGAAGAUGAAGACAAGCCAGAGGUAUUUUUCGAUAGUUGUAUUGGUACCAAAACAAUGACAAUUGCUGAACCUCUUCCUUCUCUCUUUUAUUAUUUAGUCCAUGUAGCAGAUGAUGAAAGGGAUAAGGACGCCUACAACAUGUUGAUUGGUAUUAUGAAUUAUUUAUUUUCCAAAUCAUUGAGUGAGCUCUCCAUUGAUAAACCUUUCGAUGAUACUAAUGAAGGAAAAAAGAAUAGACUUGUUGCCACCAUAUAUGCUGGAUGUAUUGAGGCAUUAUUUGAGUUUACAUUGUUAAUUCUCUCCAAAGAUGAGGACAAUGGUAGUCAAGCAAUGGAAGUAUUGAAUACUUUUUGGGCUAACUAUUCCAAAGUAAUAGAAAAUCUUAAUAAGAAACCAGCUUCAACAAGCAAGAAAAAGACAUCCACCACUGAAAAGUUUGAUCCAACUUCUUUCCUACCAGAAUUAUCCAUUCAAUUUUGCACAUCAGCUAUUAGCGCUGCUUCUGAAUCUGUGAAAGAUGUAGAAGUAUCAGAGAAUGCUAUUGCUGAUAGUAAAUUCCAUGCCUACCUACUCAAGUUAAUUGCAAAGAAAACAAAGGCUGCCAAGAAGAUAAAUCAAAAACUUCCAGAUGAUGGCUUGCUAGGUAUUGUAAAGGGUCUCUAUAUUUUCUUGGUAAGACUGACCAAUAAGGGCUCAUCAGCCUCUACUGACGACCCGAAAAAGAAGGAUAAGACCACAACACAAACUUCAGAAGUGUUUGAAGAAUUAAUACGUAUGAAAACUCAAAAUAGUUCUCCAGCUGAAAUAAUCGAUUUUUAUGAGGGCUUUAUUCGAUUGUCUAAAAGUCAAACCUCCUCUAACAAUGAUAGUAGAAUUAGUGACAUUAUGCAAACUCUUCAGAAAAAUAUUAGUAGUAUUCUCAAACAAAAAUCAUUUGAGACAGCCACUUCAUUUGUUAGAAUUCUCACCAGCUUGGUUCAUUUUAUUGAGGGCAAGUGUGAAAUUUUAGAAAAUUCUGGACACUACUCUUGGAUAAUUGAUAUUUGUAAAGGAAAUGAGUUUGGUCAUAAUGAUUUAGGCCAUGCUCUUAUCAAUCACCUUGUAACAUUAGCUUGUAUUUUUAUGGAUGUUCCAAAGCUCCAAGAACUUGCCUCAGACGUGUUGGGUAAAGUUGGCCAUAUUGAAGAUGCUGGUGAAAGAACUGUUACCAACAUGUUAGCCAUCAAUUGUCCAUCAGAAACUGCAGAUGUAUUAAUUUCUAGAAUUGGAUUAAUCUUAGAUGAUCUGGAUUGGAAAUAUCAACGAUUAGAAACACUCAAGGACACAUUAAGUGAUAAUUAUGAGGACACAAAGAAGAAUAUUUUCCAUCAAACUACUCUCUUUAUUGAUACUUUGGAGCAUUUAAUUUGUGCCAAAUUGGAAAUGGAAAUAUCUGAAAAGCUCUUUUCUCCACUUAUCAAAUUCUAUACAAUGUUAGCUAAGUUUACAGAUACCUAUCUUUCCCUUCCUAAAGAUUCUGGAAUUGAGUUAUGUGAAGAAUAUUGUGAAUUGGUGGAUAGAUCUGGUGAUUUUACCACCACUUGUUACUCAUUCAUCAAUUAUCAUAAUGAGGAAGAAAAGUCCACCUCAAUGAAAAUUGUUAGAGAGGCAAGAAAUAUUCCAGAACUCAUCUUUAGAAUGGAAACCUCAGAGCAAAAACUCAUUCUCCUCUCCAAACAUAUCAAACAAAACUUGCUCAAGAACUAUAAGAGAUCCCAAGUUAGAGCUUUUACCAUUGACAAUCAAAAGGUUAUGGAAGCAGCCGAAGAAAAGAAGAAGCGUAAAAAGAAAGAUGAUGAAGAGGAAGAGCAAAUUAAGGAAGAAUCAGAGAAUGAACAAGAGGAAGAAGAAAAGAGCAGUAAAAAGAAAAAGAAAGCUUCCAAAAAGAGAAAAUCACCAACCAGUGAAAAGUCAACCACAAAGAAAAAGAAGAAAUAAACAUACAUUUGAAUA